AUGAAGUGGUUCACCUACGUCCUGCUCUUUACCGGCGCCCUCGCGGCUGCUGUCCCCAUUGCGGAGGACACCCCGAAGGGACCGCCUGGACACCACGACCCGAAGCCUCCCAAGGGUCCCGAUCACGGGCCUCCACCGCCGCCACCACCACCACCUCAUGGCCCUCCGGCCAUCCGUGAUGAGGACAAGAAGAAACCGCAUCCGAAGCCGGAGCCGCCAAAGGGCCAUCCACCCCCUCCUCCUCCACAUGGACCUCCAGCUGCCCGUGACGGCGAUGAUGAUGACAAGAAAAAACCCCACCACCCGAAGCCUCCGAAGGAGCAUCGGCCACCUCCCCCUCCCAAGGGUCCCCCGACUGCUCGCGACGAAGACGACGAAGACAAGAAGAAGCCUCACCAUGAUCCGAAGCCGCCUAAGGAGCAUGGGCCGCCACCGCCCCCUCCUCAUGGCCCUCCAGCCAUCCGCGAUGAGGACAAGAAGAAGCCUCAUCCUGAGCCUCCCAAGGGCCCGAAGCCUCCCAAGGGGCCAAAGCCGCCUAAGGGUCAGCCUCCUUCAGAGGACGAGGAGUAA